AUGAUAGCUCCACGGUAAGUCGCGUUCAGUUCAACUACACCUACCUACCUGUCAGCGCUCUCUCCUAUACCAUCAUAGUCCACUCGGCGUGUCUCGAACGUUUUUAAUAUUUCGCCGAUUUCCCGCCAAUACAAUACAAUAUAUCGUACUGCGACCACUGCUAACCACGGCCGGUAUUUCGUAACGUCGCACGCCUACCGUACCCAACCGAGACUAUGCGUAUAGAAAAUAAUACCGCGUCGUACACAAAAGUCAAUCGGUAAUAAUUGUUUAUUAUAUUUAUUAUAUGUAUUAUGCCUGUGUAUUCGCCGAAAUUAUAAUAUUAUUACAAUGACGUUUGUUCGUCGCAAGUUUCGUCGGCUAAAUAUUGCGUCCGAGAGGAAAUUAAAAAAAAAAAAAACGCACACGAAAAUAAAGAAACGUUGUACCAAAUAGCGAUUGACGUUACGGCCAGUAAUAAUAUUAUUAGUCGAUUUGUACAGCGUGUCAAUGCGUACGGCGAACGAUCGAAAUAAUUAUCGUUCAUCGCAGAGAAGUAAUAUUUUAUAACGCUCGAAUUUUUUUUCGCAGUGCAUAACUGCUAUUUUGAAUAAGUUGCGCUUCGGACCCGGCGACGUCGUUAAUUCCCGAUUGUACCCAAUUUUUAUUUGCGUUAUUAUUCAUGUCUGUUUGGUGGCGGGACCGCCUCCGUGGGGUUUCGAAAAACCGUAUACGAUUAUCAUUUGUUUGUGUUUGUAGUUUUAGCGCGAAAAACCGUAACUGCAGCUGUCAACCGGGACUGGAUGGAUCCAAUAGCCGGCCUAGACCCAUAACAGCCGUUCAAAAUUAAAGAAAAACAACAAUAAAGUUCAAUAUCGAUAUCAAAACGACCAUGCAGAAUAUUACGUCCGCUAUCGGUAAGUUCGAUCGAAUUAAUUUCCAAAAAACCAAAUAGUAGUUUCAAUAACUAACUUAUAUACGUGAUUAGGUGGUAGUCUAUUUUUUUUCUAAGAUAAAAUACAUUUAUAAUAAAUAUAAUUUUUUUUUUUUAAAUUUUAUUUUUAAAAAAGAGGAAUUAAUAAGUAUCGAAUGCGAAUAAAUAAAAUCUGUUUCUAUACAAUAAUAAUAUUAUUUUGCAGUGCUAUUUCGAACCGUACAUAAUAUUUAUUUACAUAUUGUUAUUUUAUAAUUGUUCGUAUUCUUAACGAGUAUUGAACAUUGGCAUAUUAUAAACUUGCACCAGCUACUAUAUAUUAUUAAAUACGUGAAAUGCUAAAUAAUAUAUUUCUUCAAAUAUGGACUUUUUAUUCAAAAAUGUGCGUUAUUAAAUUCAAACGCUAUGAUAUAGAUGUUGAGUUUCGGAAUUAGCUUAAAAAUUUUGAAGGAGCUAUAUAAAACAAUUCUUGAGUGAUACGGUAUUUCCUGUGUAUAAUCUGCACAUUACGAGAAAAUUCGUUUUAAAAUGUUGUACUGAAUUUAAAUCGUUCAAUCAAUAGUCCGUACACUAAUUGUAUUUUAUAAUUUACGAUGCCUGUUAUAAGUUCUACACUUAUUACCUAUACUCGCGUUAUUUGUUUUAAAUUCGUACACAUACUUAUACAAACACAAAUAAAGUAAAAACAAAAUAGAUGUAAUUAUUUGUGCAAUAUUGUUUUAAAUUACACCACUCAGUAAACAUUCUGUUAUCGAUACAUUAUUUUCUAAAAUACGUAAAUUUCAUUAAUUUUCUAUUACUUAUUGAAAAUCGGGUUUAUACAAUAUUUUAAAUUAUAUUUAUGAAAAAUCAUAAUCGAACGGUCGAAUGCACGUGUCAGAUCACUUAUUAUAAUAAUAAUUCAAUCACAAAGGAUAAAUCUAUGAAAAUCCAAUUUCGUUUCAUACAAGUAUAAUAUAUAAGAAUCGGUAGUUAAAAAUUGUAAACAAAACCUAAUACAUAAUGGUAAAUUAACAUCCGGGAGUAUAUACUAUUAUACAGUACAAUGCACGUCGUAAUAAUACAUCUACUUUUAAAAAAGACGUAUUCGUCAAUCACUGAUUGUAAUAUAUAGAUAUUAAAUUUUCUACGUAAUUACCAUUUAGGUACCAAUCUGGAUUGUAAGAUCGAUCCGCAUUUUACUCUAUGAAAUAAUUAUUCAGUCCCCUGUUUCUAAAUAAAAACGCAUAAUAUUUUUAUAACUUACAAAUGUUUCUGAAUGUUUUAGAAAUAAGAAUGAAGACUUCGACAGACAUUACCACACUCAGGCCGAAACCAUGGUUUCCAAAACCUAGCUGUUAG